UUGUCCGAGGAGUCCCGAUUGUACGCGACAAUUGCGUUAUCAGACUUCCGUGACAUUUAUUCAAACAUUUUGCGUACGUGUUAAACGGGCAAUAUGGCCGUCUGGCUCGUUUUUCUCUCUCUGCUUUAUGGGUUCUGCUUCUGUACACAGACGCUCGAAGAUCAAGUUGCGUCUCUAGAUGCCAUUGUGCGAUCUCUAGACGCCAUUGUGCGCCAACAAAAUGACAACAUCACAGCACUGUUGGUUGCCAAUAACAUAUUGAAGCAGGAAGUAGCUGUACUCCAUGAAAAGAACGUCAAGGACAGGGUUAGACGACAGUCAGAGGCGUUUGGCUUCACGGCGUACCAUGACCGAGACGAGACUCUCCAUCAGGGACAAACGCUCAAGUUCAGCAGGACAAUAUACAACGCCGACUCCAUGUACAACCCGAAUACAGGCGUUGCCACGAUCCCCGUGGAAGGCACAUAUAUCUUCUCGGUGACCAUUGAACACUGGCAAACACAGUAGCUCCGGUGUUACUUACUAGUCAACGGGGCAAACAUGGUUGAUGUCGUCAUCUUUCCACAGGGAAAGAGUAUACAGUCCAACAACACGGCCGUGCUCGGACUGAACGCCGGCAACGCUGUGUGGGUCACUUGCGACGAUGGCAAUGUGUUCGGACAUGACAUCUUCCACGGUACUACAUUAUCCGGCGUCUAUUUGUAUUGACCUAACAGCCAAAAGAUUGCGUGCUAGAUCCUGUGAAUACAAUAUUAAAUCGUGGGAUUGCAAA